AUGUCUGCCGCUGCCUUGCAAAUCCAAACUUUGGAAGAUGAGGAUUCACAAUGGGGUGGUUCUUCAGAAGGUCGUACCUAUAAGGCGAGGGAUCGAGAGUUGAUGGAUCUUCGACUCAAAGCUCAAUACUUCACGGAUCCGUGCAGGUAUGAACCAAACAUAUUUCGUAGGCGAUAUAGAAUGCAACCUUGGGUCUUUGACAGGAUGAUGCGCGACAUGGCCAACUACGACCCAUAUUUUGUUCAAACAAGAGAUGCUUGUGGGAGACUAAGCUUAUCCACUGAACAAAAGCUGACAUGCGCCAUGAGAAUGCUCGCGUAUGGCAUCACAGCUGAUUUCUGCGAUGAUUACCUAGAUAUUGCGAAGACCACUGCCAUUGAGAUUUUUGAGCACUUCACAAAAGCAAUCUGGAAUGUGUACCAUGAGACUUACCUCCGCCGACCAACACCGGCAGAUUUACGAAGGCUGCUUGACAAAGCUGAAGAACGGGGAUUCCCGGGGAUGGUCGGUAGUCUUGAUUGUAUGCACUGGCAGUGGAAAAAUUGUCCCACAGGAUGGGCAGGGCAGUAUACUGGCUACAAAGGGAAACCGACAAUCAUCUUAGAGGCGGUGGCCUCCUAUGAUACUUGGAUUUGGCAUGCCUUCUUCGGACUUCCAGGUUCCCUGAAUGAUAUUAACGUCCUUGGAUGUUCACCGUUGUUCAAUGCCCAAUGCGUUGGUGAAACCCCUGAAGUGAGGUACCAGGUACGUAAUAGGCAUUAUCAUCAAUGUUAUUACCUAGUUGAUGGCAUAUACCCUAAGUGGGGGUCAUUUGUACAAACAAUCCGAAACCCGAGGUCGCCGCAGACACAACAUUUCACAAGGAUGCAGGAAGCAUACAGAAAAGACGUGGAGAGAGCAUUUGGUAUUCUCCAAGCUCGUUGGGCAAUCAUAAGAGGACCAGCUCGUGGGUGGAGUAAGGAGAACCUUCAAUACAUCAUGAUGACGUGCAUUAUCUUGCACAAUAUGAUUGUUGAAGAUGAGCGUGAUGAAGAUGCAGCACAGCCAUUUGAUCCAGAUGAUAUCCCAACCAGACCAAGGAAAGCAGAGAUAUAUAAGAGACCAGAAAUGGACACCGAUGUUCAUCGCAAUCCGCAACAACUAAAUCAAUUCUUGCGUCGUUAUAGGGAGGUUAGAUGUCCAGUGAUGAAUAAAAACCUCCAAGACGAUCUAGUCGAUCACCUAUGGUCCAUGAAGUUACAAGCUGAUCAGAACCAGCAGUGA